AUGUCAACCCUUACAAGCAUUUUACCAAAACCACAAGGAAAAUUAUUAAAUUCAGAACCAAGCAAAACCGAUCGUAAAUAUGAGGAUUUAGUAACUACAAAACUUGAUAGAUCUCAACCACCAUCAUAUAGAAACCGAUUGGGAUGGAAACCAAAAAGACCAGAAGACUUUGGUGAUGGAGGUGCUUAUCCUGAAAUCCACAUUGCACAGUAUCCCUUGGAAAUGGGUCGAUCAAAAACUGUUACCAGUGGAGGUGCUCUUCCAUUACAAGUCGAUGCAGAAGGAAAUAUACAAUAUGAUGAUAUUGCUAAACAAGGACACUCUGAAUCUCGUAUCAUACACUCUCAUUUCAAAGACUUGGUACCUUUGAAUCAAAGAGCUGAUGUGGAUCAAGUAAACUUUGAUAGACCCAAUGAGGAAGUUGUUAAAGAAACAACUGAAAAAACAAGAAUGGCUUUAGAAAAAAUUUUACAAGGCAAAAUAAAAGCUGCUCAACCAAAGAAUGUUAAAACAGACAAGCCAUUAGAGCCAACAUAUAUAAGAUAUACUCCUGGACAACAAGGCGAAGCUUAUAAUUCUGGUGCUAAACAAAGGAUAAUAAGAAUGGUUGAAAUGCCAGUUGACCCAAUGGAACCACCAAAAUUUAGACAUAAAAAAAUUCCCAGAGGCCCACCAUCGCCACCCGCACCAGUGCUGCACUCGCCACCACGGAAAGUUACUGCGAAAGAACAACAAGAGUGGGUAAUUCCUCCAUGUAUUUCCAAUUGGAAAAAUGCUAAAGGAUAUACAAUACCACUUGAUAAACGUUUAGCGGCAGAUGGAAGAGGAUUGCAAGAGGUUACCAUUAAUGACAAAUUUGCAAAAUUAUCAGAGGCUCUUUUUGCAGCUGAUCGUCACGCACGUGAAGAAGUAAGACAACGAGCUUUAAUGAGAGAAAAACUUGUUCAAAAGGAAAAGGAAGAAAAAGAAAAACGUUUGCGUAUGCUUGCUCAGAAAGCACGAGAGGAAAGAGCUGGUAUUUCUUCUUCUUCUGCUACUGCGAAUUCUGGGGCUAUACUUGAUGAUGAGACAGAAUCAAAAUUUAGAUUAUCAAAAAUGGGAGCAGAAAAACGGGCAAAAUAUAUUGCACGAGAUAUUUCUGAAAAGAUUGCCCUGGGACUUGCCAAACCAACAAUAACUCAAGAGAGUUUAUAUGAUACUCGAUUAUUUAAUCAAAGUGAAGGACUUUCAUCCGGAUUCAAAGAUGAUGAAUCUUAUGAUUUAUACGAUAAACCUUUGUUUGCUGGGUCAAGUGCAUCUAGUAUUUAUAAACCAAAGAAGGACUAUGACUCGGAUAAAUUUGGUGGUGGUAAUGUAGAGGAUAUCAAUAAAAUGUUAAGUGUUGACAAAUUUGGUACAAAAGUUUUUCAAGGAGCAGAUAAAAAUGGUCCAGUGGAAUUUGAAAAAGAAGAAGCUGAUCCAUUUGGUGUCAAUCAAUUUUUGGCUGAGGCUAAAAAAGGAGUUAAACGUAAAUUGGAUAGAUCGACCGAUUAA